UUGACUUGACGCUCUUUUUUCUUCUUUUUCAUGUCUUUCGGCGAUGCUAAGAUGAAAAGAAGCAAGCAAGCAUAAAGAUAAAGGAGAAUUCACCUUCAACUUGCUUAUCAGUUGAUUUGCAGAACUGAGAGUAAUAAUGAUGAUGAGUUUGCUAUCAAUGUAUUCCACCUUCCGUUGGAUCAUCAUAGUAAUGUGACAAGAUUCGUCCUUUUGAAGUUGCGUAUUGUGAUGAACUUACUACCAAGUGAUCCGAAUGUGAAGAAAAAAAGUUAGAAAAUAAAAGAUGGACUAUUAUGAUUGGAAUUAGGGAUGGCAGUAGUCUGGGCGGGUUGGGCUUAACUCGCAAUAAUUUCAAUCCGCCCAUCUUUCCCGCAUAGCAUAUUCCCGCCACAUAUUCCUUUUAUUUAUUGCCAAUCUAAAUUUUCAUUUAUGAACUGAUGGGUUAUCAUAAAUCUUUGGAGAGUACCCUUUGCUUUAGCUAUUUUAAAGAGUCAUCCUAUUCUGUUGAAAUCAAUACUGGUCAAUUAUAAAAGCAGAUUGGUUCCAUGUUCCUCUGGAUCAAGUGAAGUUCCCUCCAUGCAAUGGGUAAUAGGGAUGGCAAUGGGGCGAGGGGGGCCGGUGCAGGGCGGGUUAGGACAUGAGCGGGACCUGACAGGAUGGGCCAGAGUGAAUUAAAAUAUUAAAAAAUAAAGUUCACGCGCGUGCGGUGCGAGUGUAUGUUGGAGAUCCAAGUCUAAUUAGACCUAUCUUUUGAACUAAAACCUAAAAGGCUAAAAAUAAAGUUUUCCCACCUGCGAUUGCAAGUCUGCAUGACUGCAUUUCCUAACUCUCUCGACGAAGAAGCUCUUAAGGAGAAGCUUUAAAGUCUCAUUCUCUCUCAUCUCCGGUUUUCUUGAUCAGGGUCUCUUCUUUUACAAAAUAUUUUUCAAGAAUCUGUGAAAGUGAUGUUAUUGAAGAAUUGAAGGCAUGAAAGGUAACUUUUACAAUUGUCAGCAAAUCUGAGCACGUGUGACUUCUGGCUUGAAUUCCUCGAAGUUCAUGGCUGGUGGAUUAUGUUGCCAGACUAAUGUGCAUACAGUUUCACAGACUGCUCCUUCUCCGGGAAUCUCCUUGAUACACACUUUGCCUCAUGGAGCUGAAAUCUCAAGUGUCUCAACUACUGAUUCAUCAAGCGGUCCUUCUAAUUAUUCACGCAAUGUGCUGGCAGCAUCUGGACCUCUCAAAGAUGUACAUGUACCAACAAGGUUGAUGGAGAAUUUUCUGGAAAUUGCCAGCAACAACACUAAGAAGGAUAUAGAGACCUGUGGAGUUCUUGGUGCCAUCCUUAAAGAUGGAACCUUUUACAUUACCUCUCUAAUAAUACCAAAACAAGAAUCAACCUCCAAUUCUUGUCAGGCCCUACAAGAGGAGGAGAUGUUUGCCAUACUACAUGAACAAUCCUUCUUUCCAAUUGGAUGGAUUCAUACGCAUCCAUCUCAGAGCUGUUUCAUGUCAUCUAUCGAUUUGCAUACUCAAUAUUCAUAUCAGGUCAUGGUACCAGAGGCUAUUGGAAUUGUCAUGGCUCCUACUGAUAAAUCAAGGGCAUAUGGAAUAUUCCGGCUAUCUGAUGGCGGAAUGAAAAUCCUCAAGGACUGCCCCGGGAAGGGAUUUCAUCUUCAUAAAGAACCAAUUGAUGGGAAUCUUCUGUACGAGGAUUGCUCCAGUGUCUAUAUUAAUUCAUGUCUACGAUUAGAGAUAUUUGAUUUACGAUGACUGGAUGAAGUUGCAGUGACAUGUAUUUAUGAACAGGCUUUAUCUUGUUGAAAUAGCUAAACCGUCAAAACUUCUGCAGAAGUUGUAAAUAAAAUAUCACUCGUUCACUCCCAAUUUAUGUGGUACUCUUUCCUUUUUAGUCA